UUUUUAUAUAUUUUUUUUAGUUAUUUCUAAAAGGAAGACUCCUGUGUGCCAAUUUGCAUCUCCAUUGGAUUCAGAUGUUCAUAAUAAAUCAGAGGUAAUGGUUGUAGAAGAAAAUCUGUGGAAAUCAAAAGUAUCUUCUAUUGCUGCUGAAUAUAAAAAGAGAAGAAUGUACUUCAAGGAUCGCUUCAGAUCAAAACAACGAAAAUCCAGCCCUGAAAAUAAUAGUAUGGCAAUGGAUUGGGAUUCAAAAUGGUCAACUUGGUCAAAUAGUAAUCUCUCUUCAGGUUCAGUAGGAUUAGAUGAAGAUAUAGUAGACUUCAGUGACACCUUAUUUAGUUCUCUGUUUUCUUCUCAAUCUUUGGAUUUUCCUUAUCACAAAGAAAUAGCUAAAGUUGGAAUAUCUGCUGACUUUAUUCAACCUGGAUUGGCACAGCUUCAACCUUCCAUUGAUGAUUUUAUGGAUACCUUUGAAUCUUUUCAAGGUAAAUUAUUUAUGAAAUUUGUAGAGUAAAUAAAUCAUAUGUCA